AUGGACACACAUCGGAGGGAGAGCCUGACACGCAAGCACCUGGCAGAACGACGGAGACGAGCCAAGAUUAACUACUACCUGGAUGAAAUUGAAGCUUUGAUCUCGCCGCCAGUCACGAAGGGGACACCGGUGAAGAUGGAAAAAGCCGAACUACUUGAGAAGACAGUGGCGUACUUAAGAGCUCUGCGUUCGAACGGUAAGAAGAGACUCAAUGUAAUGGGUGUAGACUUUCGUCAUUUCCGUCAACUACCCCGACUACAGACGCCCCGAGUAAGCGUCUACUCUCCAUACACAAUUCCGCCAAUGGUGACAGGUAGAACGUCACGUCAAGAUGACGUCGCCACCGACAGUGUCUCUGACGUAAUUCAACCACUGAACUUAAAGACACAGCCAAACAACGAUACCAAAGAACACAACUCAAUCAAGACCCCUGAAGAUCUUAAAACAGAAACUCAAGACGGGAAACCCAUAACUGACAAUUCCAGUGCGGAAGUGACCUUGUUCUCUGGAGGAACGGCUGAGUGUGACAGCGACAUUGGUACUUGUGACACUUCCUUGAAGGAGAAUCUGAUCCCCGUGGUGGUCAAACAGGAGAGUAACACUGACCUUUCUUUGUACAAACUCGACCCGUCCCACUUAGGAAACAUAGUGUGGCGGCCAUGGAAGAAAAUAGUUUAG